GGGACUCUCGCAUGCACACAUACACACACACACACACACACUUAGCACGCCCGUGUUUCUCUCGGCUCGCGGAGGCCUGCCUCUGAUUCGCUUUUCUUCUUUUUUUUUUUUCACUCUUCCUCGGAUUUCACACACCUGACGGAUUGCACGCCGUCUCGGGUGGAGGAACCGGCGCAAUCGAGGAGAACGAGUCUAAAACGAGCAUGAAAUUUGUCGACUUUUCUUGUCUGAUUGCGUACGAGUGAAGGCGCUUAAUUUUACAUUAAUAUAAUAUGAUUAUUGUUAGUAUUUGUUAGAAUCUCCGCUAGUCCUUUGCAAGAAUGUAUAUUGAGGCAAUGCGAAUUAUAUUGAAUAUCAAUGUCCUGGGAAUGAAACGAAGGAAAAACACGUAGUAUGCGACCACGUAAAGCGCUACAGUCCUCUCACGCGAAAACCGAUCUCCGAUCGCGCGCAGUAGAAAAACCUAGCGAGUGGCGGACGCGCGACGCCCGGCGCUAAUUUACAAAACAAUCUCGAGUCCAUUACUAAUCCUUUCGGUGCUGCGAAAACGUGUAAAUAGCAAACACGGCCCAGCAAACGGCGCUAUUGUGAGCUAAUGGCCCACCCUGGGCGAGCUUUACGCCUAAUCGAACCCCGAGAACUUUAUUUACGCGUCCAAUCGACGCGACGGCAAAUAAAAAGCAUGGAAAGGGUUAAAUUGGCUCGAUCAAAAAUCUGCGAAUAGGACGCGCGAGAGAUGCGCACGUCUGUCUAGAUCGAGAAAUAGAGCUUGCCGCGAAACUCGUGCUCGAUUCGAAUUCGAAAUCAUCAAUUCUGAUCGACGUUCCGCGUUGCGAGCGCAAUUUUCGCAAGUUAAUUUUCCGGACAAGUAUUAUGAUUUUGAUUGAGUUUAAUUAGCGCCGGCGGGGUAUCGAUUGGAGUAUCCCACCGAACUCCCCUCCAAUUAAUUCGAAGAACAAGCUCGAUUCCGACAGAACUUUUAUCGAAGGCGUAGGUCAUAGAACGCUACACUCUCUGCGAGUUUACUUAUCAAACUCGGAAUUAUACAUACCGUCAUCAGCGCAGAGAGAGAGAGAGAGAGAGAGAGAGAGAGAGAAAGAGAGAGAGAAGGGGAGUGGGGAGAGAGAAUCGUGAAUUAGGCAAAUAAUCAUUUGAAUCGAUCGCGGGGAUUGCACGCAACUAAAAAGUAAAUAAGAAUAUGACGGAUAUCGAUUGCGAGUUUACAGUCGCGAGAUUGCACGCGAGAGGAAUAUCAAUAUUUGUUAUUUACACGGAGCAUUGUAUUAUCUCGAGUAAAGUGUAAUCGAGUAUGGAAAUUGCUCGAUUAUCCGGGCGUUACGAGCGUUUGACAAUCGAUGUGUAAUUCGGUGUUUCAUCAGCAAACAGAGGUAAUCGUCAGCACGGCGAGACAAAAUAUUAUGCGUUACGCGUUUUACUCGUGCGGUUUAAUUGACAGAGAAAAAUUGUUCGAAUUCGUUCAUUCAUUCAUUUAUUUAUCUACCCUUUUGUAAUAUCGAUGCCGUCCCCCUUUCGCGAAUGGGGAUGACGCUGCCAUGACGCGCGAAUAACUUUGCACGGAAAACUAUUAAGCCCCGCGACAUCGCGUAACAAGAGAGAGAGGAAGAGAGAGAGAGAGAGAGAGAGAGAGAGACUCGUGGAGAUUUGCGGCCCUUUAUGGAGUUUAUACAUGAACGCAGGUAUGGAAUGACAUACGGGUAGGUAAUAACGCGUAUCGGUAAACUUGAAGGAAUAACUCGCGCGGAGAAGUUUGACGACGCGUGAGAAAGUUUACACGAGACAUCAAAGGAGAUCCUCUCGAAAGUUUCCGCGAAUAGAACAAACUCCCGGUUUCUCUUUUGAAUACCUUAAAAGGAACUCGAGAUCUAUCCGGCUUAUACUCCGAGAAUAUUAUUCCCUUUCUUUUGUACACGAGGAAAAGUAUAUUCCCCGUGCACGCGAGCGCAAGGGUGAGGAGGAAGAAGGAGCGCGAAUUAAUCCUCUAAAGACUUUACGACGUAAGCUGUUCGCAUGUCGCAAUCUUUCGGUAAACUCGUUACGAUUCCUUAAGGAAUCGAAUCUUUACGAUCCGAUGAUGCUAUUAGGGACACGUAAUUACCGGUCCUCGUUCUCUCCGCUGCAAAAGUUUCUUUUUCUCCCCUUUCUCUCACAUACACACACAAACAUACACACUCUCUCUCUCCGCCGUCGACACGUGCCAUUGGAAUUCGCGUAAAAAUCGCAACCGCCGCCGUCACCCUUGACAUUUUUCGAUUUUCUUUCGAGGGUUACGGUCGCAUCAAUCUUAUGUACGAUGCGCGGCACGAUCGUCGAGGUAGAACGAGCAAUUUCGCGUGCUGCGGCUCGCUUGCGGCUGGAAAUGUCGUAGGUUUAGAUAGAGGAGGACAUUUACCCUCUUCUAUCGCGUGUCGGGCCGCGCGAAAUGAUAUUGGCCUUUCCAGGCCCUCGAUAUUGAUUUAUUCGUAUAACUCGCUUACUUAUUGACGCGUUGCACGGGUGGAUGCAUUGUGUUUGUACCGCCGCUCGUUUAAAAGGGCUUAGGUCAAAUUCCGGCGCUGGAAAUAAUUUAAUAGCCUGGACAAAACGGUCGCGGGCAAAAUGGUUUUUUAUACUAAGACAAUUGCACAGUCACAUUAGACCGCCCCAAGUUCAGACUUGGAUUCUACAAAACUCGAGAUAUCCCUGUAUAAUAACAUUCUGUUGGCUUUGCGCGAUUGGCGCUUCUCGGCGUCAACAUUUAAAUUUGUUUUACUCCCGCCCGAGAAAAAUUGGCUGGUAUCUUGUUUGCUUAUCGAAUGGCGCAGAUAAUCCACGGUGGGGGGAAAGAUUGCUUUUUAAAAAAACCUGAUCGGAGAGCACCGUGCGUUUUACACGUUACAUGCUUCUUCCAGCGAGGCUGUACUUUUAUUCGCAGCCACGCGGCGCUUUAGAUAGCUUCGAUCAUUAAUUCUCCUCUUCUCGCGUCGAUUUCUCUCUGUCGCGAUUUUCUCUCUGACCGAUCGUGCCCUCCCAAGUGCAAUCCCCCCUGUCGUCGUUGUGGGCGUUACUCCCCGAUAAAUUCGCGGCGAGACGCAGUUUCGUGUUACACGUCGAGUGUAGGAAGCACUUAACGGACGCGAGCGGAAGGAACCCGGGGGUGUAUCCUCGUGUUCGUAACGGGACACCACCACCAGCGGCAGCAGCAGCAGCAGCAGCAGCAUCUUUAAGGACACCGAGUGAUUUUUCCGCGGGGUCGACGGGUUAGGUGAUAACUCCGCUUCGCUCUCUAGUUUUUUGUGGUGAAAACAGACAAAACAUGGAGGAGUGGUUGAACGUCCUAAGAACAGCGACGGAGAGUCAACCUCAGGGUGAUCCUGGAACUGCCGAGUUCCUGGGAGGUAAUCAUCAGUGGUACGCAACUAAUCACGCCAGACCUACGUAUUGCAACGUCUGUAGAGAUGCUCUACAUGGUGUUACUUCCCACGGUUUAAGUUGCGAAGCUUGUAAAUACAAGGUACAUAAAAGAUGUAGUGCAAAAGCAAUAAAUAAUUGCAAGUGGACCACUUUAGCAUCCAUUGGGAAAGAUAUCAUUGAAGAGCCAGAUGGGAACAUCACAAUGCCACAUCAGUGGAUGGAGGGAAAUUUACCAGUGUCCUCAAAAUGCUUUAUCUGCGAUAAGACAUGUGGCUCUGUACUUAGGCUUCAAGAUUGGCGAUGUUUAUGGUGCAAAGCAACUGUGCACUCGACAUGCAAACCUGCCAGAAAUACACCGUGUCUACUAGGACCAGCUAAACUCAGUGUAGUGCCUCCUACAGCUUUGCACAGUAUAGGUAGCGACGAAGCUUGGGAAGCAGUUAGACCUACGGGAUGCAGUCCACUUUUAGUAUUUGUAAACAGUAAAUCUGGUGACAAUCAAGGUGUUAAGUUUCUUAGGAGAUUUAAACAAUUACUGAAUCCCGCACAAGUGUUCGACCUUAUAAAAGCAGGGCCAGGUCCAGGAUUAAGACUGUUUCGACACUUUGAUCCAUUCCGGAUUUUAGUGUGUAGUGGUGAUGGAUCUGUAGGAUGGGUACUUUCGGAAAUUGAUCGACUUGGAAUGCAUGCGAAGCAAUGUCAAAUUGGGGUACUACCUUUAGGGACAGGGAAUGACUUGGCGCGUGUAUUAGGCUGGGGAUCGUCAUGCGAUGAUGACACACAUUUACCUCAACUACUGGAGAAAUACGAAAAAGCAAGCACAAAAAUGCUGGAUCGAUGGAGUAUUAUGACAUUCGAACGCAGCAUAUCUCUGCCAUGUCACAAAGUGACUCAGCCUGAUCCGGCUAUAAAAUCGAGCAUAGCUCAUCAAUAUGAGGACAGCGUUCUUGCUCAUAUAACAAACAUUUUGCAAUCUGAUCAGGAGAGCAUAGUUAUAUCUAGUGCCAAAAUUUUAUGUGAAACAGUAAAAGAUUUUGCAACACAUAUACUGGAAGCCAGUCUAAACACAGGGGACCAACAAUUGGAAGAAAAAUGCACAAUACUUCAACAAAAACUUGACCUGUUGUUGCAAACAUUAUCGAAAGAAGAAAACUAUUUAUCCGAUAACACAGAUGAAAUUGACGUUGGCACUCUAAAAACCGAAACUUUUAGCAACGUUCAGGAGAAAGGUGCUUUAGAAAAGCCUGAGAAAGAAAUGACAAAUUUAAAAAAAGUUAAAAGACGUUAUAUGGAGAGAGAUGUUGUGAUGUCUAGAGCAAAUAGCUUGAAGAGAGCUAUUAGAAGAUUAGUGGAACAUACAGAAACUACUGUCGAUGAGCAGAACAAUCCUUCGGACGAGAAGCAGGGCAGUAAGUUGCCAAAUAUCACUGUAAUAUCUGAUAGUUCUUCUAUAAAUAUUAUAACAAACAAGAAACAGCAAUUAGAUAUCCCUGGUUUAUCACAAACAGAUCGACUCGACAACAUAAGUUUGAUACCAACUGUAGGAUCUGCCAGUAGCUUAGAGAUUCUCUCACCUUGUCCAAGUCCUACUCCUAACGUGGCAUCUUUGAGCCCGAUGCCCGAUUUAAGGAGAGAUUCGCAACCCGAAGAAUUACUGACUCUUCCUGCACCCGACGGUUUCGCCGAUAGUAGGCGAAACAGCGAAAAUAUACCACAAGGAAUUCUCAGUUUUGACGUGACCACAGUACAAAUUGUCGGUGGUCAACAAGAAGCUCAGACAGCUAAUGAUAAUUUUCUGUCGUCCGAACCCACACAAGUAGAAGCUUCUUCCGACGUUCCUGUAACAGUAACAAAGACCACUUUGGACACAAGUACACCAUCAGACGAUGCGACCAUGCAAGACACUAUCGUUUCUCCUGACACGGAUUCGCUUCAUUCUAAAAAUAUUUCGCCAGAGCACGUACAAAAACCUACGAUAGCGAAAGUGGGAACUAGAGGUAGCUGUACUAAUAGUAUCAUCAGUACAGAUAGCAUAGUUUCCGAAACUUUUGAUUCCAAUAGUUACACUGUACGAAAUAGCGAGAGUGAAAUUGGGCAUAUAGACAGCGAUAUAUUUGACUCCACAAAAAGAUCUGAAAGCUCGGAGAUCGGGCACAUCGAUUCGCCGGAUAAUUCCGAUAUGCUCUCCAGCGAAACUCAACAUUCGGAAAGUGGCUUGGAGGAUUUAAGCUCCCUCGGACAGGAUGUGAUUAGUGCAAUAAUGGGUGAGAAGUAUGAUUCUGUCAGGGAAGGCUUAGAAAUUGAAGAGUCACAUAGAUAUUGUGGUUUAGCCCAAUUCAGCGAGGGAAAUGAUAUUGGAAGGCACUCGUUCAAGAAAAGCAUGAAAAAUACAAAGACGGAUAAAGAGACAAUGCUGAGUAAAUAUAAAACGAUGGAUGGCUUGGCAACGUGUGUACGUGUCUCAGGAACGAAAUCGUCGCAAUCUGUGGAAACGAAUGUAAUACUUGGAUCUAAGUUUGAAACCAUUGAAAAAGAAAAAGCGUCCGAUUUGCUGGGAGCACCGGUAUGCUGUUUCACCGUCUCGUCGGACAAUACGCAGACCAACGAAAAGUGCGUUACAAAUUUCCCACCGCAGAUUAGCGUUAUCGUUGAUCCACCAAGUCCAUCGUUAUCGAUUGGGAGUCAUCACAAACUUAAUGUAGAUUAUAAUCUGGAUCCACAUGACAAGCAAUACAGUAGCGGCAACAGUAUGGAAAGAUUGAGCGUGGAGCUCCCCGAUUCAGGCUUCUCUCCGCAAGCUACACGGCGUAUAAGCAGUGGCAGUUUGUUGAAGGCAUCGGAGGUUGUGUCAUUGGCGGCAACUACUGCACGUCUAGGUGGCUCGAGCAUAAGCUUGCGUCAUGAAAGAGCGAAAUCUGUAGACAAAACGGAGGACGUAAAGAAACUCCCUAUAAUAAAUCCUUUAGUUCGAUUGCCUAUGUGGCCAAAUGUAAGUGGCGGAGCUGGUCUCAUCAGUCAAGCAUUACUGGCAAAUGCAGAUGCUCUAUGUGCAGCGGUAUCUCCUUUAAUGGAUCCAGAUGAAACGUUAAUGGAAGGUUACUUUGAACGAUGCGUCAUGAACAAUUACUUCGGUAUCGGCAUAGAUGCGAAGAUCAGUCUCGACUUUCACAAUAAGAGAGAAGAACACCCAGAGAAAUGUCGAUCGCGUGCCAAGAAUUACAUGUGGUACGGUGUCUUAGGUUCUAAACAAUGGAUACAAAAAACCUACAAAAAUCUCGAACAGAGGGUUCAGCUGGAAUGCGAUGGCCAAAGAAUACCAUUGCCUUCUUUGCAAGGGAUUGUUGUGUUAAAUAUACCAAGCUUCAUGGGCGGCACGAAUUUCUGGGGAGGUACGAAGGAAGGGGAUUUAUUCUUAGCACCGUCGUUCGAUGAUCGCAUAUUGGAAGUGGUGGCAGUAUUUGGAUCUGUUCAAAUGGCUGCCUCGCGACUCAUCAAUUUACAGCAUCACAGAAUAGCUCAAUGCCAGACAGUUCAGAUUAAUAUCUUGGGAGAAGAGGGUGUCCCUAUACAGGUCGACGGUGAGGCUUGGAUUCAACCACCUGGUAUUAUAAGGAUUAUACACAAGAAUCGGAUGCAAAUGCUUUAUAGAAAUAGAGCACUUGAAACCUCGUUGAGGGCAUGGGAGGAGAAGCAACGCAAUACAUUAAGCGCCGUAACUCAAUCUACUUCCUCUACUAUAAGCAAUGCGUCACAACAUAGAGCACAACUGCAAAUAUGUAGUAAGCCUCCUCAGUUGAAUGAUGAAGAGCUCAGCAUUCUAUUCAAUUUUAUUGAAGCCGUAACGACCUUAGUCAAGUGGGUAAAACUGUUAAUUAUAUCGCAUCCAAGCUUAGAACCAGAUCUGUAUCAAGUAGCCUCGCGAACAGCAAACGCGCUUGAACAAGUACAUCCGGAUGGUAAAAUUCUGCAAGGGAUAAGCUUGAGACCUAGAGUAACCGAGUUGGUAUCAAGCGCGCGGCAAUUGUACGAAGAUUCUUGCGAGUUACUGCGCGAUAAAGCUCAUAACUUGAAAUUACGAGAGGAUUUAGAAAACAAGUUAUCUCUGUCUCUAGCUUGUAUGGAACAGGAAUUACGAAAGUGCACCUUUGACGAAGGAGGCACAGGACUGGUUUACUUGCAAAACAUUUCCACGGAUGAGCAGGGAGAUAAAAAAAAUCGUCAUCGAGGGUUGUUCUGGUUAAAGUUUCGUCGCUUCGGUGGCAACUCGAGCGGUGCGGGUCAUCCGGCGCGAGAUCAAGUCACCACGUGGGGCGUGCAGGAGGUGUGCACCUGGCUGGAGAAUAUGCAACUGGGAGAAUACGCUGAGAAAUUCGUGUCUCACGAUAUACGCGGUAGAGAGCUAUUAACCUUAGCUCGUCGUGAUCUAAAGGAGCUGGGCAUCACCAAGGUGGGGCAUGUCAAACGCAUCUUACAAGCCAUCAAUGAUCUGAAUAACUGAAUUACGCGGGUCGCGUUCAUGUAGAAAUUCCAUGUCCCCGAAGCAAAAAAUAUGAUCGCGUAGAUAUCGAAAGAAAUACUAUACUCUGGAAUGUCAUUCCAAAUGCAAUUAUAAGUCGACAAGAAAGUAGCUUAGAACCGAAUAUUUAACAAAGAGAACUUUCAUAAUACACAGAUCUAUAGAAAGUUGAUAGAUAAUAUAUUCGUGCCCUAAAAUGUUAAUUACAAUACAAUUCCCAAGUGGCAUCGUAAGUAUUAAAUGAGAGGGUAAUAUUCACCGUGGUAAAUAUCAUUGUGGAAAGUAUCCUAAUGUUACCGUACGGAAGGAAAAACCAUUUUGCCUGUGCCAAAUAUCUAUUCUAUACUAAAACUUACGAGGGAAACGAAGCUGAAUUUGUUACGCAGCAACAAAUUUACAGCGCAAUUCUAUUUAUAUAUUUAGACAUAUACAUAUAUAUAUAGUACAAAAUACGAGGACACAUCUAUCCCCCAAGGGGAUAAAACUUACUUCACUCUCUUACCGAGACAUUAUAGAAUCCGCGACGAAGCGUAUAAACUGCACACAUGUACGGAGUAGAUAUUCCUUGUAAAAUAGCAAACUUUUUAUAUUACUAAUUCUAUUAUUAAAAUAACUCUCGGGUAUUACUUAACAACUAUUGUGUGUAUUCCUACUGUUUGAAACUAAUAAGUCUUAUACGCGCGGCACGAGUAUCUUAAACCUGCGAGUACCGCUUUUUUACGUAAACGUUUCUUAUGCUUUUUAUCUAUCAAUCAGAAAUCAAUCUAUAUUACAUCUGUGUUCUUUAACUAGGUCAAUUUAUUCUGUCUUCUAUUACUUCAUCUACCAAUAUGUAAUAUACAUAAUACAUAAAGAUUUUGUUUUUUUUAUGUUAUUUUACGAUGUUAAUGAUUAAUUUAAAAAGCAAUGCUUGGGCCAAGAUGUAUAUGAAAGUGAUUCUACAUAUAUCUCCUUAUGGCAAUAAAAAAAAAAAACGAUAAUUAAGAAGAGCUAGAAAUGCAAAAUGUAUAUUAUAAUAGUUUAGAAGGUUCACGAAAGUUGUGGUGUACGAUAAGAAUAUUUUCUUCUUCCUAUGGGUCCGCAGGUUGGACAUCUUGUUUGUGAGCUUCUUGCCCUUUUUUCCUUAUAAUAUUUCUUAUAAUAUUCUUAUAAUAUAUAUAAUAUUAUUACAUUAUAUGUAAUAAACUAGCCUUCAUUAUCUUCUCAGUUCAUCUAUUUUUAUAAGCUAUAACAAAUUCUCUAAUAAACGAUUAUUAUAUAAUUAUUUAUAAAUAUACAUAAUUUAUAUAUACAUAAAUUUACCCGCACGCGCGCGGGCUACUAAUUUUCCAUUAGCAUAAUAAUCAAAUCUUAUUGAUAAUCGAAAGAAUUGCAGGGCAAUUUUUCCGUCUUCUGACAGCUGUUUACUCUCAUUUUCUCAUUUUUUGUGAUAAUUAAAGAAUCUCGAAUUGAAAAUGAUAUAAAAAUAUAUUUGUAUUACGGUUUUAGUAUCACACUCCGUACAUAAUUCUCACAAUUACAAAUAGAUGAACCUGUACAAUAGUGACUUAUUUAGUCUUAUACAAUAAAACAAAUAAUUAACAUAAUAUAAAUGAUUAGCGAUAAAACAAAGUAUAAUCAAACUGAUUACUAAUAAUAAUUACACGAGAACAUUAUUCUUAUUACAACAGAAGAGAUAGACUUUUUAUUGACAGCGCAACUUGCCACAGGUUCUAACGACUUACUUGUUUUUGUUUUUUAUACAAUGUCUUAUGAUAUAAAAUCAACAAACUUAAUCAAUUUGUUUGCAAUAUUAGAAAAAUUUUCUUUACAUUCCAAUGUAUAUCUGGAAGGACUAAAGUGCCUAUUCUAGAAUCACUAAUCUUACAUACAGACAGGGAAUAUGGACGUACAGUCGAUACAUUAUGUAUACAUAAAUGUUACAAAUUAUUUGUUGUAUAUUCAUUAUCUUUUUGGAAAUACGAAAUCAUAAUUCAUGAAAAACACGCAAUAUCUAUGCGUAUUUUUCUUAUGUUUUACGAAAAUUAUAUCAUAUAUAUUACAAGCAACAAAAUGUACUUUAAUAGAUUAUAUUGUUGCAAUAAUGUAAUACAGUAUUACGUAGAAUAAUGUUAUAUUGGAUAACUGUUAAUUUAUACAAUGUGACAUCUUUGAGGAAAAGUUUUAAAAAUUACUCAAUUAUAACAUUUAAAUAUAACAAUUUUUUUAAUAUAAUUUACAUAAUUAUUUGAAUAUCUCUUAGAUAGAUAUCAAAUUUAUCAAAUAUUUAAAAAUUAAAUCAGUUUAAAAGAAACAAAUUAGAUAACGUUUAUGUUUUCUUAAAACAAUUAUUUUGAAUUAUAAUCUCUAUGUUUAUUUAGUACCUAUCAAUUCUUACAACUUAGUCUUCUAUUCUUUUUAUAUACAAAAAUAAUUCUGUCCAUAUGUUAUCUUGUGUGUAUAUAUCCGCGUAUAUUCCUGCAGUAAGAUUACUAAUAUACAGAAUUGACAAUCUCGUAUUAGCGUGUGAGAACCACACGUAUAUAAUAAGAUAUAAUGUUGUAUUAUAAUAUAUUCCUUUCCAAAAUAUGUACACGUUGUUUUGUAUACUUAUUAAAAUAAAAUAAUUGACAAACAUACCUCACAAUUUACGAUAAAAUGUUGCAAAGGUAUGUUAAUAUACAAACAGGCAUAUUUAAUCGUAUUCAAUUAUUGUUCCUAGAAAUAUACCAUUUUACUGUAUUACUAAUGUAUGUAAUCGAUCUGUAAAAUAAGCUUCGCAGCCGUUUGAAGAAGUAGAAAUUCUAGUAUUCUAAUAGUUUUCUAGAAACCUACUUGCACCGUUUUCUAAACAUUUUUUUCAUUCGAGAUAUAUCCUGUCCCCCCCCCUCCCCCAAGGUAUACAUUUGCGAAAGCAUUUUAUUCUUUUAUCUGUGAUAAAUUUUGCGUUGCUGGUUAGUUUAUUAACCCAAAUGUGUUACUGUUAUGUAAUUUUCAAUGAACGAGUAAACGUGCGAAAAUAUUAAUUUUCUUCCCUUAUUAUGCUUCAAUUGUGUGUUAGUUUUUGAUGUUUUUAGAGCUAUCAUUGAUUUAAACUUUUAAACAAUCUCUGAAAUACAUAUGUAUAAAAACAGUAGUUUAACCAGUUAUAUACAUUCUGCAUAUAGAACUAGUCUAAAACUAUCACUUCAAGAUUUUUAUGUUUGUAUAUAGUGACUAAUCUAAAACUUUCUAAAAUAUAAUAGAAUAUAUAUUUGCUAAUCAAAAUUAGUCAUGAGAGGACUAAAAAAUUUUAAAUUGUUUUCUGCUAAAAAAAUUUAAUUGGAUAAACACUUUUUUGUUUUAGAUUCAAUUAAUUUGUUUUUAAUAAAGCUUCCUAAAAAUAUAUAUUGACAUAGAUUUAAACGAUUGAUCAAUACAUUUUAUAGUUUUAGAUUGAAAAUAGCAUAUAGAUUGAAAUAUAUUCAGAAGAUAUAGAAAAUUUCCUGUUUGCAGAAUAGGACCAUAAGUACAUUGCGACAUGAAUUAAAACUACUGUGAUAAAAACUAAUUUGUAAAGUAAAAAAAGUUAUCGUAUCUACAAUAUUAAAAUAUUAUUUAUCUGAAUAUUUUUGCAAUACGCAGAAUUUAUUUUAAUUGUAAAGUUUUCUUAUAUCAAGAGAUGAAAAUGUUAAAUUUUUUUUAAUUAAGAUUAUAUAUAUGCUUAAAUGUAUACGUAGAGAUGUAACUCUGUAUUAACUCAACUUGAUUUACACUGUUCUAAUUUUAAUUACCUAUAUUUACAUUGUUAUUCUGAAAUUGCACUGAGACUAGUUUAGGAUUUACAUUUCUUCAAAUAUUUAGUUUUUCUUUUUAAGUAUAUAUCUUUCAAAGAUUGAUAUAAAUAAAAUUUUGUGUAAUUUAUUAUACAUUCAUCAUUAUUUUAUUGUAUAGAUGUCUCUUUUAUUAAAAAAUAUUAAUUUUUCAUAACAGACUUUACAAGCAGACUUAUAUUUAUACAAAAAUUGGUUUCAUGUUUCACAAUAAAUUUAUGAAAAUUUUUUAUAUUUUGUCCAAACACAGUUUAGAAUCAUUAUAUCAGGCAUGUUAAUUGGCAAUUUAUCAAAUAAUAUCUUAACAUUGAUACAAUAACAGGAUUUAUAAUUAUAUUCAUAUAUAAAUACUAAUAAAUACUAAUUUAAUAAUCUGUUUUAUUGUAAUCGGAAUAGACAUUUACUUGGUGCAUUCUCAUCAACAAUUUCUUUAUUUGUUCAUUUUCUUUGUCAAAAAAUUUUACUAUAAAUCAUUCUUUUAUGAUAUUCUUAGAUUUUAUUUUAGAAAUUAAAUUACUGACAUCAAAUGUGCUAUCCAAAUGAUUGUAUGUGUAUUAUAAAUCCUGUGUGCUAUAUAAGAAAGAUCUUGUGUAUUGUAUCGAAAACUUAAGAAUAAAGGUGUUCAAUCUGUUAUACACACAAGCACUUUAUACAUAUAUUUUCAUCAAGAUAAUUAUGCAUAAUUUAUACAUGUAUUGAUCUUUUUGUACUUAAGUGUAUAUAAAUUACAUGUUGCAUUAUAUAAGAUGAAACUUACAAAUUCGUUCUGUAUUUUAAAAAUCACUAUUCUAUAAUAAAGUAAAAUUUCAAAGUUCCGUA